AUGGCUCUUGUGGGCGUAAGAACCAUUCUACCAGGCUUGGGCCCUUCUGCAGGCCCAUCGAGAAUUGCAGCUCGAUAUGUACCUCGCAAAAGUAUUAGAACUCCUGUAUAUGGAUAUGCGAGCAGAAGAAGUAUAGCUACUACUGUCUCGCAGAGAGAUGUUGAUAGGUUGAUACCAAGUCUGGAGGAUCUCGGGCUGCAAGCAGGUGAUGAUGUCACAGUAGCAGUCUCAGGCGGUGUCGAUUCAGCUACGACACUGAGGAUGUUAUGUGAACUGCCCCUCAACCUCGAUGUGAUAUUCAUGCGCAAUUGGGAUCCUCUCCUAUCAGAAUCCCCUUCCAGUAGGGCCGAUGAUCCAUCUUACUCCUUAUCUUAUCAAUCGAGCAAUACAAAAUCAGGUUGUCAAUGGGAAAAAGACUGGAACGAUGUGAUAUCUUUGACACGAUCGAUCGGAAUAUCGCAGGAUAAAGUGAGAUUAGUGGAUCUAAGUAAAGAAUAUUGGAGUAGGGUGUUUGAGCCAUCUAUUAAUGUCUGGGAAGGAGGUGGCACACCGAAUCCCGACGUGGAUUGUAAUAGAGAAAUCAAAUUCGGUGCUUUGAUGGAACAUCUUCCAAAGCGUUCGCGACAUUUCUUAGCCACAGGUCAUUAUGGUCAUGUCGAUCAUACAUCCGAACAAUCCAGACUGAUGAGAGCAAAAGAUCAUACGAAAGAUCAAACCUAUUAUCUAUCACAGAUGACCGAAUCGCAACUGAACAGAGCAAUCUUACCCCUUGGCAAAUUAACUAAAUCGACUGUUCGACAAUUAGCCAAUUACUGGAAUCUACCCAAUGCGAAUAAAGAGGAAUCUAUGGGUGUGUGCUUCAUAGGUGAAAGAGGGAAAUUCGGGGAUUUCAUUUCCCAGUACACCUCACCACCAACUACUCAAGGUCACAUCGUGUCAUUGUCAGGUGAAGUUCUAGGUGAACACAAAGGAUUAUGGUACUACACCAUCGGCCAACGAGCGAAAAUUGCCAAUCAACUUAAACCCUUGUUCGUUGCGAAGAAGGGAGUAGGUAAGGAUAAUAAUGAUAUCCUCGUCGUUCCAGGAAAGGAUCAUCCUAUGUUGAAAUGUACGAGCUUGACGACCGAUAAAUUCCAUUGGAUCCAUGGUUCAUGUCCUACCGAAAUGAUAGGGAACGACGUUGAGAGGAAGAUCAACGUUCAAGAUCGAUAUAGGAUAAGUCCUGUAUUUGCAAAGAUCAAGGAAACAAAUGACGGCACUGGCGGCGUCAUCAUAGACUUACCUGAGCCUCUAUUGGGAGUAUCACCCGGUCAAGUUGCUGCGAUCUGGUAUGGCGACUGGUGUCUUGGUAGUGGGGUGAUACGGGAUACCCAAUGUUUAGGAGAGGAAAGCGUGUUUAAAUAA